AUGGAGACGACAAUUCCUCCUCCAACCUCCGAGGCCACGGCCAUCUCAGCGGCUGUCGCCAGUGCCAACAGAGACGAGCAUGCGACCACGGUAGGCGAGGCAUUGAAGCGGUAUCCCAGCGCCAUAUUCUGGGCAAUUGCAAUGUCGUUUACGAUUGUCAUGGUGGGCUACGACACAAUUUUAAUGGGCAGUCUCAUGGCAUAUCCCUCAUUUGUCGAUAAAUACGGCACAUACCACCCGGAACUUGGGACAAAAGUCAUCUCCGGACCUUGGCAGGUAGGUCUCAGCACAGCGGGAUCCUGUGGAGGCGUCUUCGGCAUGGUCAUCAACGGUUUCGUCACGGAGAGAUUCGGUCAUCGCAGAGUCACAAUGGUGGCCUUGACUAUUAUGACGGGCCUCAUCUUUAUUCCCUUCUUUGCGCCCAACGUUCACGUCUUGCUUGCUGGACAGUGCCUCCUUGGCGCCAUUUGGGGCAUCUUUUCCAUCAUGGGAGCAGUAUACUCGUCCGAGAUAUGUCCUCUCGCGCUGAGAGGCUACAUGACAUCCUUCAUCAAUAUUUGCUGGGUCAUUGGCCAACUCAUCAUUGCCGGCAUUUUGCAGGGACUUGUCAACAACACCACCAAAUGGGCCUACAAAAUCCCCUUUGCUGUUGAAUGGGUCUGGCCAGUUCCACUAUUCGUCCUGGCAUGGCUUGCUCCUGAUUCUCCUUGGUGGCUCAUCCGACAGGGGCGUAUCGAAGAUGCCACGCAUUCCUUGAAACGGCUCUCCAGAGGCCUUACCGACGAGCAGAUCAACCAAAAGAUCCUCAUGAUGUACGACACAAACAGACUUGAGCAGAAAAUCAAGGCGGACGCGAGCUACUGGGACUGUCUCACAGGCGCCAACUUAAGACGCACCGAGAUUGCCUGUCUGUCGCUUUCGUCUCAAAGUUUGAUUGGACAACCUCUGGCGUACAACGCUACAUAUUUCUUCGUACAAGCUGGUCUAUCCGCCUCGGACGCCUACAAAAUGAACUUUGGUAACAUGGGUAUCGCUUUUGUGGCAACGUGCAUCUCAUGGGUCCUCAUGACGCAUUUCGGCCGGCGAACGGUGCUUCUCAGCGGCUACACCUUCCUGACGCUGGAUCUCCUACUUAUCGGUGUCUUAUCAUAUGCCUCGAACAACUCUGCUGCGAAAUGGGGCCAGUCUGCUUUGGCACUUGUCUGGUUGGCCGUCUACUCUGCCACAAUCGGGCCACAAACAUGGGCUGUCGCUUCGGAGGUUUCAGCAACGAGGCUGCGAGCCAAGACACUCUCCAUUGCUGGCGUCAUUUACAACAUUGUCAACAUCGUCGACAACACUAUCGAGCCAUACUUAAUCAACCCCACCGAAGCGAAUUUGAAGGGAAAGACGGCUUUUGUCUGGUUUGGAAUCAGCUUCCUGGUGACGAUUUGGGCUAUUUUCCGCAUCCCGGAAACGCGAGGCAGGACGUACGGAGAGAUGGACAUCUUGUUCGAAAAGAAGAUCCCUGCAUGGAGGUUUGCAACGGCUGAAGUGAUAGAUGAUAUUACCAUAAUUGGAGACGACGAGGCACAGGCAAAAGUUGAGGAUGAGAAGCGAGAGAUGGCAGGGCACGAGGGAGUAGCUACGAUAUCAUGA